UGGACUCCAGGAUGUCGCUCCUCACCAUGCCCUUCCACCAGCGGAGGCACAGGCACUUCGACCAGUCCUACCGCAACAUCCAGACGCGCUACCUUCUGGAUGAAUACACAGCGAAAAGGCGGGCUUCCACCCAGUCGUCCUCCCAGAAGUCCUCCUCGGGGGCGUGGUCCUCCCAGAGAGCCUCCCCACUGCUGCCGCUGGGGGGCGCCACCUGCAGGGUCUGCAAGAAGCGGCUGGACACCUCCUGGGCGGGGGAGGAGCCGGAGAAGCCAGAGGAGCCGGAGGAGAGGGGCAGGUUCCGGUCGGCGGCGGCGGCCUACGGCGAGGCCAAGCGGCGGCGCUUCCUGGGCGAGCUGGCCCGCAUGGAGGACAGCGUGCACCUGGCGCGCGCCCAGGCCCGGGACAAGCUGGACCAGUACAGCUUCCAGCGGCUGGUGGAGGACGCGGGCUCCUGGGACCGGCGCGUGUCGGACAUGGCCAUGCGCAGGGCCCCCGAGAUCCUGGUGGGCCUGCGCGCGCACACGGUGUGGGAGCGGAUGUCCGUGACGCUCUGCUUCACCGUGCAGGGCUUCCCCACGCCCGUGGUGCAGUGGUACAAAGACGGCAGCCUCAUCUGCCAGGCGGGGGAGCCGGGCCGGUACCGCAUCGACAGCAAGUACGGGGUGCACACGCUGGAGAUCAACAGGGCGAGCUUCGACGACACCGCGACCUACUCGGCAGUGGCCACCAACGCGCACGGCCAGGUGUCCACUAGUGCGGCGGUGGUGGUGAGAAGGUUCCAUGGGGACGAGGACCCGCUCCACUCCGUGGGACUCCCCAUCACGUUGCCGCUGUCUUCUGUGGUUCCCCACACCCACUUCGACGUCCAGUUUCUGGAGAAGUUCGGGGUCACCUUCCGCAGGGAAGGCGAGACGGUCACCCUCAAGUGCAAGCUGCUGGUGACGCCGGAUCUGAAGCGGGUGCGGCCGCGGGCCGAGUGGUACCGGGACGACGUGCUGCUGCGGGAGUCCAAGUGGACCAGCAUGUUCUUCGGGGAGGGCCAGGCCUCGCUGAGCUUCAGCCACCUGCACAAGGACGACGAGGGCCUGUACACGCUGCGCAUCGAGUCCCGGGGCGGCGUCAGCGAGCACAGCGCCUUCCUCUUCGUGAGAGACGCUGACCCGCUGGUCACAGGCGCCCCCGGCGCCCCCAUGGACCUGCAGUGUCUUGACGCCAACCGGGACUACGUCAUCGUGGCCUGGAAGCCGCCCAACACCACCAGCCAGAGCCCGGUCAUCGGCUACUUCGUCGACCGCUGCGAGGUAGGGACUGACAACUGGGUGCAGUGCAACGACGCCCCGGUGAAAGUCUGCAAGUACCCUGUGACUGGGCUCUGUGAAGGCCGUUCCUACCUGUUCCGAGUGCGGGCGGUCAACAGUGCGGGCGUCAGCAGGCCCUCCAGAGCCUCGGGGGCUGUGGCCGCCCUGGACCCCGCCGACCUCAGACGGCUGCAAGCGGUCCAUCUGGAGGGGGACAAAGACAUCGUCAUCUAUGAGGAUGAGCUGGAAGGCGACGUGCAGAUCCCAGGUCCUCCCACCAACGUGCACGCCUCAGAAACCAGCCAAACCUACGUGGUCCUGAGCUGGGAGCCCCCGGUCCCCCGGGGCAAGGAGUCCUUGACGUAUUUCAUCGAGAAGUCGGUGGUGGGCAGCGGCAGCUGGCAGCGGGUCAACCCCAAGACGGCCGUGCGCUCGCCCCGCUACGCCGUCUUCGACCUGGCCGAGGGGAAGCCCUACGUAUUCCGGGUCCUGUGUGCUAACAAGCAUGGCCUGAGCGAGCCCUCGGAGGUCACGGCCCCCAUCCAGGUGCAGGACGCCAUGGCCGUCCCCUCUGCCCCUGGCCGGGUGCUGGCCUCGAGGAACACCAAGACCUCAGUGGUGGUGCAGUGGGACCGGCCCAAGCAGGAGGGUGACCUGCUGGGCUACUAUGUGGACUGCUGCAUGGCGGGGGGCAGCCUCUGGGAGCCCUGCAACCACAAGCCCAUCGGCUACAACAGGUUCGUGGUGCAUGGCCUGACCCCCGGGGAGCAGUACAUCUUCCGUGUGAAGGCUGUGAACGCCGUGGGCUCCAGCGAGAACUCCCAGGAGUCGGAGCCCAUCAGGGUGCAAGCCCCCCUCACUGUGCCGUCGCCCCCCUAUGGGAUCACGCUCCUCAGCUGCGACGGCCAGUCCAUGACCCUGGGCUGGAAGGUACCCAAGUUCAGCGGCGGCGCGGCCAUCCUUGGCUACUACCUGGACCAGCGCGAGGCCCUACAGGACCGCUGGCAUGAGGUCAACCCGGCGCCGGUCAGCGAGUGCAUCCUCACGGUGGGGGGCCUGGCCGAAGGCUCACAGUAUGAGUUCAGGAUUGCAGCCGCCAACAUGGCGGGCAUUGGGCAGCCCUCGGAGCCCAGCGAGGCCUUCAGGUGUGAGGCCUGGACAGCACCGGAACCAGGUCCCGCCUACGACUUGACCUUCUGUGAGGUCAGGGACUCCUCUCUGGUCCUGCUCUGGAAAGCCCCCAUCUACGCGGGCAGCAGCCCUGUCUCCGGCUACUUCGUGGACUACAAGGAGGAGGGCUCGGGAGAGUGGCUGACCGCGACCCCGGCGCCAACAGCCAGUCGCUACUUGAAGGUCAGCGACCUGCGCCAGGGCGGCACCUAUGUCUUCCGCGUGCGGGCGGUGAACGCCAGUGGGGAGGGCAGGCCCUCAGACACGUCGGAGCCAGUGCUGGUGGAGGCCAGGCCAGGGACCAAGGAGAUCAGCGCGGGUGUGGACGAGGAGGGCAACAUCUUCCUGGCCUUCGACUGCCCUGAGAUGACAGACGCCUCCCACUUCACCUGGUGCAAGUCCUACGAGGAGCUGAACCCCGAGGACCAGAGGCUCCGCGUGGAGACCGUGGGGGACCACUCCAAGCUGUACCUGCAGGACCCCGACAAGGAGGCGCUGGGGACCUACUCCGUGUCGGUGAGCGACACAGACGGCGUGUCCUCCAGCUUCGUCCUGGACGCCACGGAGCUGGAGCGUUUGAUGGCGCUGAGCAAUGAGAUCAAAAACCCCACCAUCCCCCUGAAGUCCGAGCUGGCCUAUGAGGUCCUGGAGCAUGGGCAGGUGCGCUUCUGGCUGCAGGCCGAGCACUUGUCCCCGGACGCCAGCUUCCGCUUCGUUGUCAACGACAGGGAGGUCUCUGAUGGCGAGACAUACAGAAUCAAGUGUGACAAGGCCAGCGGGCUGAUCGAGAUGACCAUGGACCGCUUCACCAUCGACAACGAGGGCACCUACACCGUGCAGGUCCAGGACGGGAAGGCCAAGAGCCAGUCCUCACUGGUCCUCAUCGGCGACGCGUUCAAGGCUGUCCUGGACGAGGCCGAGUUUCAGAGAAAAGAAUUCCUCAGGAAGCAGGGCCCCCACUUCUCCGAGUACCUGCACUGGGACGUGACGCCCGACUGCGAGGUCCGGCUCGUCUGCAGGGCCGCAAACACCAAGAAGGACACCGUCUUCAAGUGGCUGAAGGACGACGUCCUGUACGAGACUGACAGGAUGCCCGACCUCGACAAGGGGCUGUGCGAGCUGCUGAUCCCCAAGUUGUCACGGAAGGACCAUGGCGAGUACAAGGCGACCUUGAAAGACGAGAGGGGGCAGGACGCCACCGUCCUGGAGAUCGCCGGCAAAGUGUACGAGGACAUGAUCUCGGCCCUCAGCAAGAUCUGCGGGGAGUCGGCCUCUCCCCUGAAGAUCCUGUGCACCCCAGAGGGGAUCCGGCUCCAGUGCUGCAUGAAGUAUUUCACGGAGGACAUGAGAGUGAACUGGUAUCACAAAGAUGCCAAGGUGGCAUCUAGCGAGCACCUGCGGGCGGGCGGCAGCGAGGAGAUGGCCUGGCUGCAGAUCUGCGAGCCCACUGAGAAGGACAAAGGCAAGUACACGUUUGAGAUCUCCGAUGGCAAAGACAACCACCAGCGCUCGCUCGACCUGUCCGGACAAGCUUUCGACGAAGCCUUGGCGGAGUUCCAGCAGCUCAAGACGGCUGCUUUUGCAGAGAAAAAUCGUGGCAAGGUGGUUGGUGGGUUGCCCGACGUGGUGACGAUCAUGGAAGGCAAGACCCUGAAUCUCACCUGCACUGUGUGCGGGAGCCCUGACCCCGAGGUGCUGUGGUUCAAGAACGACCAGGACAUUGAGCUGAGCGAGCACUUCGCCAUGAAGGUGGAGCAGGCCAAGCACGCGAGCCUGACCAUCUCGGGCGUGACAGCCGAGGACUCCGGCAAGUACACCAUCCACGUCAAGAACAAGUACGGCGGCGAGAAGAUCGACGUCACGGUCAGCGUGUACAAGCAUGGCGAGCGCAUGCCCGACGCCAUGCCCGCGCAGCCUGCCAAGCCCAGGCUCAUCCCCGCAUCCGCCUCCGCCGGGGAGUGA